ACUCAGAAGGCCACCUCCUCCUUCCCUCCCCCGCCGUGUCACCACUCACCGCAUCGCCUCAGGGGGUGGGGACCCCAGCUUGGACACUCCCCACUGUGGCCCCAGACCUCGACCAGCGGGACAGAUAUUCAGUCGGUCGCAGGGCCCCGGAGCCUGAGGUGGGCAGCGUGCCAGGGCCCCUCGUGGCCCCUCAAGCCCCGUCCAGACCAUGGGCAUCAGGACAGCACUGCCUGCGGCUGAGCUGGGUAUCUACUCCCUGGUGCUGAGCGGGGCCCUCGCUUUCGCCGCCCGAGGCCUCCUGGAGGCAUCCCAAGAUGGGGCCCACAGGAAAGCUUUCCGGGAGUCUGUGCGACCGGGCUGGGAGUACAUUGGCCGGAAGAUGGAUGUGGCUGACUUCGAGUGGGUGAUGUGGUUCACCUCCUUCCGCAACGUCAUCCUCUUCACCCUUUGUGGUCACGUGCUCUUCGCCAAGCUGUGCACCAUGGCCGCCCCCCAGCUGCGCUCCUGGAUGUAUGCGGUGUACGGUGUCCUGGCCGUGCUGGGCAUCAUGGGCCCCUGGUACCUGCUGCUGCUGCUUGGCCACUGCGUGGGCCUCUACAUGGUGUCCCUCCUGGGCCAGCCCUGGCUCUGCCUCGGCCUUGGCCUGGCCAGCCUGGCCUCCUUCAAGAUGGACCCUCUCAUCUCCUGGCAGAGUGGGUUUGUGACGGGCACUUUCGAUCUUCAAGAGGUGCUGUUCCAGGGGGGCAGUGGCUUCACCGUGCUCCGCUGUACCAGCUUCGCACUGGAGAGCUGCGCGCAGCCCGGCCGCCGCUACUCAUUGGCCGAUCUGCUCAAGUACAACUUCUACCUGCCCUUCUUCUUCUUUGGGCCCGUCAUGACCUUCGACCGCUUCCACGAGCAGGUGAACCAGGCAGAGCCGGUGCGGCCCGAGGGGGAGCUGUGGCGGAUCCAGGUGCAGGCAGGGCUCAGUGUGGUCACCAUUGUGGCCGUCGACAUCUUCUUCCACUUCUUCUACAUCCUUACCAUCCCCAGUGACCUCAAGUUCGCCAACCGCCUCCCAGACAGCGCCCUUGCUGGCCUGGCCUACUCUAACCUGGUGUAUGACUGGGUGAAGGCGGCUGUCCUCUUCGGCGUGGUUAACACCGUGGCUCGCCUGGACCACCUGGACCCACCACAAGCGCCCAAGUGCAUCACAGCACUCUAUGUCUUUGGGGAAACGCACUUCGACCGGGGCAUCAACGACUGGCUGUGCAAGUACGUGUAUGACCACAUCGGUGGGGAGCACUCAGCCGUGAUCCCCGAGCUGGUGGCCUCUGUGGCCACCUUCGCCAUCACCACACUGUGGCUCGGGCCCUGUGACAUCGUUUACCUGUGGUCGGCCCUCAACUGCUUUGGCCUCAACUUCGAGCUCUGGGUGCAGAAGCUGGCCGAGCGAAGGCCGCUGGCACAGAUUGAGGCCUCCCUGUCGGAGCAGAUGAGCCGCCGUGUGCGCGCCCUGUUUGGGGCCAUGAACUUCUGGGCCAUCGUCAUGUACAACCUCGUGAGCCUUAACAGCCUCGAGUUCACGGAGCUGGUGGCCCGGCGCCUGCUGCUUGCAGGUGAGGGAAAGGUGUCCACACCACUGGGGGGGCAAGGGCUGCAUAGGGAGGGUCACAGCCUGGGCCUGGCCCAGGAGGCACAAGACCCAUGGCUCUGCUUCACAGGCUUCCCGCAGACCACGCUGGCCAUCCUGUUUGUCACCUACUGUGGCGUCCAGCUGGUAAAGGAGCGCGAGCGCAGCCUGGCCCUGGAGGAGGAGCCAGGGCAGGACAAAGAGAAGCCCGAGUGACAAAGAAUAAAGCUUUUUCUACCA